CUCCUAAACAGUCCGUCCGUAUGGAUAGUACACAUCUUUGUAGGGAGAUUUGCCGUACUCAUUAGGCUCUUAAAUCGUACACCCGCACUUAAGCCACAGGCAGUGCAAGCGAGCCAAGUUUUCGAGAUGGUACUGUCGCGACAAGCUUUUACAGAACGAUAAACUUCUACAAUUGUGAGCCCUAGUGUCCAUACGGAAUUCCGCUUUUUUAUCGCCGCCGUCAUCACCACGAGAAGCGCGCAUGUAAUACCCGGCUGAAGCGCGAAGAUAUAUAGAGUGGCGCGGUGAGAGUAUGAUAACUGGGCGAAGACCUUAAUAGCGGCUCAGACGAUGGCGGCGGAUGGCGGUAACGGCACAUCAGAGGCUGGUCUCUAUCUCCAUUUGCCAGUCUGUACAAUUGAGUGUUUCGAGCUCGUACUAUAUUUGGACUUUCUGGAUUACUGAGGCUCGCUGUCCUGUCGCGUUACCUGGUUAAGCGCCCAACAACACCCUAGCAAUACGGAGAUUGCAGCGCCAAUGUUUUGCACGGCGCUUUCGCAAAGUCCACACUGAAAUAUGUAUUCUGCCAAGCAAUAUUCCGCUAUGGCGUGUGGGUAUUGGGCGUGUCAGCGGACUGCUAAGGCGGUGUACGCCCUUGUCCUCCGUAUGCACGCAGUAGGCAAACCUCGAACUCCAACAUAUCCAACAUAAUAAGAUUGCUUUUCCAUGUUAUGUCUUAAAAUAGCAGAAUCGCACAAGUAUCGCCUAGCAAUUAUAAUAGCCAUAAUUUUCUGCCGGAAAUCUGCAGCACUCCCAGGUCAGACUCAAAUCAUACCUUGGUCAUCAAAUAGCUAUGGUCCAGAUGGGCCAUGGCAGGCCGUUAAUAUUCGCAUCGGUACACCAUUACAGUCCAUCGACCUUCUCCCUGGCGGAUCUUGGAUGUCGAAUGUGCUAGCAUCUUCACUUUGCGCAACUAGUUCAUCAUGUAUUGCACAAUCAGCAGGUGUAUACGAUAAUUCAAGCUCAUCAACAAACUUCGAAAUUGGGCAAACAGGUUCCAUAGAAAACUCAACCUUCUCUCAUACUGUUGGAGCUCUACCGACAAUAUUUGGGUCUGCUCACUGGAUGUUCGAUACAGCGGCUGUGCCGGUCAGGGAGGGAGCUUCUGGGGAUUCGUUCACUGCGAUUAUUCAAGAUUUCGACAUGUUAGUUGUUUCAGACGGUCACGAAACACUGCCAGACGGAUCGACAUAUCCCUUAACAAUCGGAAAAUUAGCCUUGGGAGCACCUGAGUUCAAUCAAUCAUGGAACCAUUUCCCUCCGAAUCCUCGAUGGAACGGCACAUUCAUAACAAGUAGUAUGUUCGGAGAAGGUCGGACUCCAUCAAACUCCUAUGGAAUGCAUAUUGGCUCUGCAGCCUUUGGGAUCCCUGGAUCCUUGACUAUCGGUGGGUAUGACCAAAGUCGAGUCCUUAGCCCAGUCUCGAGUCAACCAUAUGCUAUUGAUCACCUGCCAAUUGACCUCUUGGAUAUUGGUAUCGGCGUUGAAGAUGGAGCGUCGCCUUUCGACUUUUCGUCCCAAGCAUGUCUGCUUGCGUCUGGAAACUCGUCAAUAAGAAACUCGAUGCAAGUAGCAGUGGAUGCUACUGUUCCUUAUCUUUACUUGCCCCAAAGUACUUGUGAUUCUAUUACGAAGAAUCUUCCAGUGACUUUUCAACCCAAGUAUGGGCUUUACUUCUGGAAUACAGCCGAUCCGCAAUAUAAGAUGAUCGUCUCCUCGCCAUCAUAUCUGAGCUUCACAUUUCGUCUCAGCAGCUCUGUCUCACAGAAUAUAACAAUCAAGGUCCCCUUUUCUCUUCUCAACCUCACCUUGACAUCUCCAAUAAUAAGCACGCCUACGCUGUAUUUUCCUUGCUUCCCUGGACUGGCCCCGCGCGGCAUAUUUUCUCUGGGCCGUUCAUUCCUACAAGCUGCAUUUAUAGGGGUUAAUUGGCAGACAGGUAAAGGAGUCUGGUAUCUUGCGCAGGCUCCUGGGCCUAAUACUCCGACAACUAUAGCUCCGACCGCAAUUCAACCUACGGACAACUCAAUUAUAUCUUCUACAACGGACUGGGCGGACACAUGGAGUGGGUUUUGGACAAUCUUGGAUAAUCCCACCUCAGCAAACACCAGCACUGUACCCUCCGGCAAUACGGCCCAGUCUGGAGGUAAACUCUCAAAAGCGGUGAUUGGGAGUAUUUGUGCAGCGGCGGCAGCUUGUUUGAUCGCAGUCCUCGUCGCAGGGUACCUAUUAUACAAGCGACGUAAAGGGAAGCCUGCAGAGCCAAAUCCUACUUCAGCAGCACAUCAUCAUGUACAGAGCCAGGAAAUGUCUCCAGAGAGCGAGAAGUAUACAAGCUCUGUGUUUGGGCCGCAAGAGUUAUUUACAGAGCGUGCGCCUAGGGAAAUGUAUGCUCAGACGGGAAUGAGCAGUCCAGUGGAGAUGUAUGCUCCAGUAAGAAGAUAAUAAGUUGUCCAAUAAUAAGUGCGAAGCGCAUAUUUGGCUGCGAUGAAAUGCAGUUGCAGAUAAAUAUAUAUCUAUAAUUAUUUAUCAACAGCGUUCAUUUGACCAUAGCUGCCCUGUAGCACAGAGGGAUAUAAGUCUUACCCUAUGUCCGCCAUUGACUGGACAACCUUACCUUUUCGCUUGUGUCUCUGCCACUUACAGGGACUUGUUUGUGUAUGUGGAAAACGUCACCGACAUUUAAGUUGUUGAGGAGUUGUACGUCGUACUAUCUUCAGCCGCAAGUCUCGAUUGAGCUAAAGCGGGAUGCAUUGAUACAAGGUGAAUCCCCAGUCCAUCUGAUAGACACCAUGUACCUCAUCGAUUAUUUUCUUGAACCUCAGCCUCUACAAAUUGAGCAUUUCUUUGAGGCUGUUCGCAUAUAUUUCGUAGUCCGUACCAAGACAGGCGCUUGUGAACUAGCUCUCGGCCUCGGAUUUGCGGAAAGGGGGAGAGUGGGCGGGGAGGACCGGAACGGGAGCCGGCGAAGCGACGUGCUUCACAGCCCGAUGUGGUCCCCACAAAGCAAAGCGUGCGCCACGCUGCAUAUCCUCGCGGCAAACAAAAC